AUGACUUGUGCUGGCGUUUCACGGACGUGGCAACGGAUUUGUGAAGAUGAUCAGACGUGGCGACAGAAAUGUUUCGAGAACGGAUAUGUGGAAUUUGAUGCGCCAAGUUUUCGUUUUCUCGGAGGUUGGGCGGUGAAUCCAGCGCAUCGAGCAAAUAAGCAAGUGGGGAUCACAAUCUGUUCACAUAUGGACCUUCAAGAAGCACAGCAGAAUCGACAGGCACGCGAGAUAGCAUAUGGACAAUGUUUUGAGCGUUCGCCAUGGAAGUCGCUUUACUUGCGAAAGAGGCGAAUCAUUUCGAAUUGGCGAUCCCGGGCGAUUCAAUCUAGCACUGUUCUGGAGGAUGACUUUAAAUACACAAUUUCUCUACAAGUUCGCCCUGGUCUUAUCAUUACUGGUUCUCAUGAUUAUAAGUGGCGGGUCUGGAAUGUUGAAGAUGCUCAACCGGCUUUUACUCUAACUGGUCAGAAUGGUCUCCUUUAUUCCUAUCAAGUGAGCGAAGAUCGCAAAUACAUUGUCUGUAGCGGGUUAGAUGGAACGGUGCGCGUUUGGUAUGGUCAAACCGGUGCACAGCUUCAUGUUUUGCAGGGACAUACGCAUAGGAUUUCAUGCAUGAGUCUACAUGGGACAACUCUUGUUUCUGGAUCGUGGGAUCAAACACUCCGAGUCUGGGACAUUGUCGACGGGAAAUGCCUUCACAUUUUGGCUGUCGCUGCUUGGGUGAAUUUUGUGAAAUUUGAUGGAGAACGGGUUGUAUUUGAUGGCCAAGCUUUUGCCGUAAACGUUUGGAAUGUACACACGGAAGAGUGUUUGCACAUGCUGACCGGUCACACGGAAAGGAUUAAUUCUCUUUUGUUUGAGCCAGAGCGCGAUCUUGUCGUUUCGGGCAGUCAUGACGGAACUAUUCGCGUCUGGGAUGUGCAAAGAGGAACAUGCAUCGCAAAUAUUGUCUUUCAUGAAGGGUCACGGCUCAGUGGUUACUUUGAGAUGCAGCUUCGCGGAAACAUUUUGGCCUGCUAUUACGCCUCGGAAGUUAAGGUUUGGGACAUUCGUGAGGGUGGCUCGUGCCUUCACCACUUGCAUGGCGUAAAUGGUCACACGUCGGCCAUCACUUCAUUGCAAUUGCUCGACUCCGGCCUUUUGGUGACAGGUUCGAUGAAUGGAUCGGUCAUGCUCUGGGAUGUGGACAAAGGUAUCUUUAUUCGUGAUCUCAUUCCAUUGGUUGACCAUCGCCAUUAUUAUUGGAAUCUCGAAGCCUCUGAAACAUCACUCGUCUGUGGAGUUCGAGUUUGGGAAGACCGAUCGGGAGAGGAGACAAAGAUUGCUUAUCGCAUCAUCGCCCAUUUGACACCGCACGAUUUGAUGAGUUGUGCUGGCGUUUCGCGGACGUGGCAACGGAUUUGUGAAGAUGAUCAGACAUGGCGACAGAAAUGUUUCGAGAACGGAUAUGUGGAAUUUGAUGCGCCAAGUUUUCGUUUUCUCGGGGGUUGGGCGGUGAAACGAGCAAAUGAGCAAGCCGGAAUCUGUUCACAUAUGGACCUUCAAGAAGCACAUCAGAAUCGACAAGCACGCGAGAUCGCAUAUGGACAAUGUUAUGAGCGUUCGCCAUGGAAGUCGCUGUACUUGCGAAAGAAGCGAAUCAUUUCGAAUUGGCGAUCCCGAGCGAUUCAAUCAAGCACUGUUCUAGAUGAUGACCUUCUGUAUCAAGUCUUGUAUCAGAAAAAUCAGUCUGCUCGUAUCAUUACUAGUUUUCAUGAUUAUAAGUUGCGGGUCUGGAAUGCUGGAGAUGCUCAACCGGCUUUCACUCUAAGUGGUCAGCGCGGUUCCGGUUAUUCGUAUCAAGGGAGCGAAGAUGGCAAAUACAUUGUCUCUAGCGAAGCUUCAUUUUUGACGGAUUUGAUUCUAUGCAUGAGUCUACAUGGCACAACUCUUGUUUCUGGAUCAUCGGAUCUAACACUUCGAGUCUGGGACAUUGUCGACGGGAAAUGCCUUCACAUUUUGGCUAUCGAGGCGGAGGCGUAUUUUGUGAAAUUUGAUGGAAAACGGGUUGUAUUUAUCGGCCAUGGAUUUACCGUAAACGUUUGGAUUAUACACACGGAAGAGUGUUUGCACACGCUGACGGGCCACACGGGGCCAGUCGAUUCACUUUUGUUUGAGCCAGAGCGCGGUCUUGUCGUGUCGGGUAGUAGUGAUGACGGAACGAUUCGCGUCUGGGAUGUGCAAAGAGGAACUUCGCGGAAACAAUUUGGUCUGCCAUUACGGUUCGGACGUUUGGGUUUGGGACAUUCG